CACCCUAAAACAAGAUGGCUACCGAUGGCUAUGGGAUUGUCUCUGGUACAGCAGAUUUCUACACUCCUGGGAGCGAGUCCUCCACUUCUCCUCCUCCUAUUCCUUCAGGAAAUCUUGAGGUCCGUCAGAGAGGCAGUGCUGGUGUCGCUUCAAAGUAUCUUGAGAGUAAAGGAUUUGGCUGGUUAAUGGAAACUGAUGAUGAAGGCGGAGAGGAAGAACAAAAACCAUUAUUGGAGGAGCUUGAUAUUGAUUUAAAGGACAUUUAUUACAAGAUACGUUGUGUUUUAUUCCCGAUACCAUCACUGGGUCUUGAGAGACACGUCAUAAGAGAUAAUCCUGAUUUCUGGGGACCGCUUUUUGUUGUCCUGGGAUAUGCAUUGCUUUCUGUAUACGGCCAAUUAACAGCUGUCUCGUGGAUAUUAACAAUAUGGAUUGUAGGCUCAUUCAUUGUGUUCUUAUUGACAAGAGUAUUAGGAGGAGAGGUAUCAUGUUCACAGACACUUGGUGUAGUGGGUUACUGUUUGUUGCCUCUUUUGAUAUCUGCUCCUCUCAUCUCUCUCAUCCACCACUCAGUUCCAUGGAUCAGCUUCAUACUAAAGGGUAUGGCUGUAUUCUGGGCUUCAUUCAGUGCAGGAUCUUUACUGGCACAAGAAGAGCUCUCUCAUAAGAAGCCCCUUGUCCUCUAUCCAAUCUUUCUAUUGUAUAUUUAUUUCUUUUCAGUCUAUACUGGAGCAUGACCUCAGCUUGUGCUUACACACUAAUACUGCUCCAUCACUUUUAUUAUUAUUUAUGUCACAGCAUGGACAUUGAUGAAAUGACAAUUAUGUAUUUUUAUUUGCAGAAUUAAUCUUUUAAAACUGCAA